CACAAGAUCAACAACUUCAAAAUCUAGUUGCUACAUGCCUGCAAUAAUAAAUAAUAUAGACUAAUAAUGCUGCCCCAGUUUGAGUUACAAGCAAAGCGACGAAUGCAACAUGUGAAGCGUCGGAGACAAGAGCAGCGAACCCGAGUGGCCGUUAUGGUGUUUGGUGUGAUUUGUCUACUGGGAGUCCUCAUCUUUUCCAAUGUCUACAUUAUCUAUCGGCAUCAGCCAUCGCCCAAUGGGGACAAUGUAGUGGCGAAUUCUAAUAAUAAUGACCCCAACAGCAACAUCAAUAAUAGCAACGUGAGACGGAGAAAUGUGUGGAUUGGAAAAGAUGCUCAGCCGUUUAACCAAGAUCAGAGUGCCUCCAAAAGCCACCAUUUGAUCAUGGUCGCAGGCCACAGUGUCACGGUCAGUGGAGACUUGGAGGAUGCCGACCACGAUGAAAAAGAUUGGUUCUUACUCGAGUAUCAAAAAGGCAAGGGAUUGCCCGAAGUCAUUAUUGCGCACAUCAAACGAGGGAUUCAAGAAGCCGACCAGGAUCCCAAUUCCUUGCUCAUCUUUUCCGGUGGCGAAACACGUGGUGCCACGGGCCCCAACACGGAAGCGGCAUCCUACUUUAACGUUGCCGAUGCCAUGACACUCUGGAAAGGCACGGUCCGAGCUCGCACGGCCGCCGAAGAAUUUGCCACGGACAGUUUUCAAAACUUGAUGUUUUCCAUUUGUCGCUUUCACGAAGUCACGGGAUCCUAUCCGACCAAAAUCACAGUCAUUUCCUUUUCCUUCAAAGGACCGCGGUUCGAGACUAUGCAUGCAAGAGCAUUGGGAUGGCCCGCCGACAAGUUUGUCUUUGUAGGAGUCGAUCCACCGGCAUCGACCACGGGAUUUGAUCUCGAAGCAUCGACGCGGGGGGAAUACGAAAAUGCCGCCAAACCAUUCGAAACCGAUCCGUACGGAUGUCAUUCUGCCGUAUUGCAAGAAAAACGAAAAGCACGCAAUCCAUUCUCACGAACACCCCCCUACGAAUUGACCUGUCCCGAAAUGAAAUCACUGCUCAAUUAUUGUGGACCCAAACUAUUUCCCAGGGAGGAAUUGCCAUGGAGAAAUCUAUAAGUAGCGACGCGACGCAAAAAGAAAAGAAAAACAAUCCAUGGAAUGAGUGAAUGAAGCAAUCAAGGUGACACGACAAUAUUAUAUCGCCACCAUUGGCUUUCCAAGCAAUCAGCAGCUUCAAAAGGUCGAAUGCCAGGCAAAAGGUCGAAUUCCAGGCAAUCUACCGUACCGUCGAGAAUCAACCCGAGCAUAAAUUUGCAGCAACUGUCUCAUGCCGAUCGCUGAGGCACAAACAACAAGCUGGAUUUCUCAAUGUGGCUGCUCCUCAAUGUUUAUGAUCAACAUGUUUGUGCCGUAAUGUGAAGCGUCGAAUGGAGGAGGCAUGAGUCACAGUUGCCACGUGGGUGACCAGCUACGGUCCAUCUACUGCAACAAUCAACAAUGAUAGAUGCAGUCAUAGCUGACUAUCUCGUGUGCCCGUGCUAGAUAGGAUAUUCUGGAAAGUCAUCAGUGCCCGAUACUACAGGAAUCCAAUCCCCACAAUGACUACUUAGUAUUGUAUAUGUGCAUGGGACUGAAUGAGACAGCCAUGGGGACCAUAGAGUGGGAACAAAGAUCGCAAUGUCCGCGACAAGGUUUAUUUAUUAAAUAAUAAAAAGGCGCACUCCCCGAGUGAAGUCGCCUUGGUCACCACUUCCUGCCUUGGUGUUGUUGGAUGGUCAAUUUUUCUGCUGUAUCCGAAUACAUACCGGUACAUUGCUUAGUUAGUUGGAUGCCAAGGGAUGCAAAUCGUCAUUGGAUUCCAUUCGAUUCGUUAUUACUGUAUAAUUAAAGUUGUUUGGCAAUAAAGUGUGGUUGGUAGAUUGAUUGUGGGGAACAGUUGACACAGGGACAAAGUUUGGAAUUUGAUUGAUGAUGCUUCCGGCCAUCGUCCUCAUUUUUUUUCUAACUCUGAUGCUUUGGGUUGCUUUGGUUAACCCUAACAAUACUGGAGAGAGUUCGUGAAUCGAGUGUCAGUCGAAUGUUUCGU